CUUCUCUCCCCGGUUCUGGCUGGGGCGGAGACCAGUCCCCAUGGCGACGGAUCUGCCUGGAGGAAGGAGCCCUGCCCUGCCUGUGGAAUUGUCCUGAGUCAUCGCUUUGGGCCGGGGCCAUGGGAAGGAACCAUUGUGUGGCGGGGAAGGAAGCAGCCCCCAGGCCCAGCGCCGAACCAGGGAGUCCUGGGGGAGCGGGGCCGAGGGGUCUGUGCUGAGACGGCCAUGGCGGGGCCCCCCGCAGGCUCGAGCCCUGCAGACAGCCUUCCCCGAUAGCCUGGGCGCCCCGGCCCUCGCCUCCCCGCGGGCUCUCCCUGGCGUGAGGGCCCUGCCGCACUGUGCCAGUGCCAGCCGGCGGGCCACCGCUGCCGCUCCGAGGCCUGUGGGGAGUCCCGCUGCGGGGGUGUUUGGGGAGGGAUGGGCGUUGGCGAGAGAGGGCCCGGCAGGCUGACUUAGCAGGGCGGGCCUAACUCUCCCCGGCCCGGUGGGAGGGCUCAGGCUGAGUUUCACUUCCCACCUCUGGGGCCAGCAGCGAGAUCCAGCUGGUGCGCUCGGCCGAGUCCUUGCCGCCUGCCUGCCACUUGGCUCCUCCCCAGGCGCAGUGGCAGGUGCCAUGUGCUCGCAGGCCCUGCCCCGGGGGCCCAUGCAGACCCUCGUCUUCCUGGACCUGGAGGCCACCGGACUGCCCUUCUCCCAGCCCAAGAUCACAGAGCUGUGCCUGCUGGCCGUCCACAGGUGUGCGCUGGAGAGCCCCCCCGCCCUCCGGGGGCCUCUCCCCGCGGUGCCCCCGCCGCCCCGCGUGGUGGACAAGCUCUCCCUGUGUGUGGCUCCCGGGAAGGCCUGCAGCCCCGCGGCCAGCGAGAUCACCGGCCUGAGCACGGCCACGCUGGCGGCGCACGGGCGUCAGCGCUUCGACGCCGACCUGGCCCACCUGCUCCUGGCCUUCCUGCAGCGCCAGCCACAGCCCUGGUGCCUGGUGGCUCACAACGGCGACCGCUACGACUUCCCCCUGCUCCUGGCAGAGCUGGCCGCGCUGGGCGUGGCCAGCGCCCUGGACGACGCCUUCUGCGUGGAUAGCAUCGCUGCCCUGAAGGCCCUGGAGCAGGCCGGCAGCCCCCCGCAGCAAGGCCCGUGGAAGAGCUACAGCCUGGGCAGCAUCUACGCACGCCUGUACGGACAGGCCCCGCCGGACUCGCACACGGCCGAGGGGGACGUGCUGGCCCUGCUCAGCAUCUGCCAGUGGAGGCCGCGGGCCCUGCUGCAGUGGGUGGACACCCACGCCAGGCCCUUCAGCGCCGUCAAGCCCAUGUACGGGGUCACAGCCUCUCCUGAAACCAACUCAAGGUCAUCUGCUGCCACAGCCACGGCACGCCUGGCCAGAGCCAGAGACACCAGCCCCAAACUUGGGAGGAGCAGGGGGUCCAAGGACCUCUCUCCAGUGAAGGACCCCGAAUCCUCACCCUCGGAGGGACUGCUCGCCCCACUGGGCCUGCUGGCCUUGGUGACCGUGGCAGUGGCCACACUGUAUGGGCUGUCCCUGGCCGCACCUGGGCAGUAGGCUGCGGGGGCGAGUCUGACCAAUAAAGACCCCGCAGCACUGAGCA